AUGCACAAUCCUAAACCAUGGGUCCUCAUUGAACUGUCCUUUUUGGAUCUGAAAGACAUGAGAGAUCUUUUUUUAUUGCCCGCCCAUAGUGUCCCAAAAUGGCAGGGCCCGGGGGAAGCGGUUAGAUGCACCUUGAAGCUUUGGCAGGCUGCUGUUGCAUCUGACUCGACUGUUUCGUUGCCGUCAGCCAAUCUGCAUAUUGGAACUAUCGCUCGUAUCAUACCUAAUCUUGUGUUGGAUGCUUGGAUGGAUGCUGGGAUUGUGCAUUUGAGGGAUCUAUGCUCGGAGGGAGGUUUGGUGCCCUUCUCUGGACUACAAAGUCAUUCAGGUAUUUCAAAGCAGGACUUCUUUAAAUAUUUGCAGAUACGACAUUGGCUUCAGUCCUGUGCCGGCGAAUCUGUGGGUCCUGUCCCCCUUCCUGCUUCUUUACGUAUUAGACUGUCUUCCCCUGAGCAUUGGGGUGGGAUUUCUAAAUGGUAUCAGUACAUUAUUCUUCUGUCUAAACAGGAUCCCAAAGAACCAAAGACAAGUCCCACAGAGCCACCGGAGCAGGAGGUUGAAGGUGAAGAACACCCUAAAGGAACAUUCUACCAUCAGGCAGAACCACCACUGUUAUAUGAAAUAAAAUACAAAAUAAGUAUUUUAUUUCAUAUAACAGUGGUGGUUCUGGAAACAAAUUUAUCACAGGGGAGCAACCAAACUAUGGUCACUUCAUUUAUCCUUCUGGGAUUUCAGGGUUCCAUUAAUAUACGAAUGUUACUGUUUAUAUCCUUCCUUGUGAUUUAUUGUAUGACAAUAUGUGGGAACCUCCUGAUCAUCACACUGGUGUCCUACGACAGGAACCUCCAUUCUCCCAUGUACUUCUUCCUCACACAACUGUCUAUGAGCGACAUUAUCAUAGCCACAGACGUGGUUCCAUACAUGCUUCAUAUUUUAUCAAAUGGUCAGGGAAACAUUAGUUUUAUUGGCUGCAUCACUCAAUUAUAUGUCUUCUGUGCCUCAGGAUCAUCUGAUUGUCUGAUUCUCACAGUGAUGGCUUAUGACAGAUAUUUGGCUAUUUGCAAACCCCUCCAUUAUGUGUCUAUAAUGAACAGGGGACACUGCAUGAAAUUGGCUAUUCUGUGUUGGACGUUGAGUUUUUCUAUUGUAUUGAUUGACAGUAUUACAACAGCAAUGCUACAGUUUUGUGGACCAAACAUUAUUGACCAUUUCUUCUGUGAUCUUGUUCCCCUACAGGAACUUUCUUGUUCAGAUACUACAAUUGUGCAAUUAGAAGUUUCUUUACUAAGUGCCCCUCUGCUACUAAUCCCAUGCAUAAUAAUUAUAGCAUCUUACAUUAAUAUCCUUUUUACAGUCUUAACGACUUCAUCUAAUACUGUCAGACAGAAAGCCUUCUCCACCUGCACCUCCCAUCUGACUGUGGUGUCCAUAUUUUUUUGGACCUUGUUUAGUGUUUAUGGUCUACCAGCAAAAGGACAGUCACUGAGCAUAAGUAAAAUUGUAUCACUCAUUUAUACUGUGAUGACCCCUUUGUUAAAUCCCAUUAUAUACAGUCUCAGGAAUAAGGACAUCAAGAAAGCUUUACAGAAAACAUUGCUUAAAAAUGUGUUUUCUUAG